AUGGCGCGAGAAAGAGACGGGGACAGCGCAUCUGUAGCACCCGGUGGCCAAUCAAAGCAUCGCGACGCCGACGCCCACACCGACGUUUCUGCAGCUGCGCCGCAUCAACAGCGCCAUAAGUCGCAGCACCAAAAGCAGCACCAUGUCGGUGGUCGGCUUCAUGCCCGCGUCCCCUCCGCCAAGGUCCUGCAUACAAAGACGCAACAGCAUGGUCAGGCCGCUCCCAGACUGACCAGGCGCACAACCUCUCCCGGCGAUCGCGAGACCAACCGUCGCCCAAAUUAUCACCGUCGUGUCAACAGCGAAGCCAAGCUAUCGCACGACAGCUCCUCGGCCAAUCUUCCCAAAAGCACUUCACAGUCUAGCCUCAAGCGUAAUCGGUCUAGCAUUGAAGUAUCUAAGCGCAACCGUUCUUCGGAGAAGCUGCAUCGCAAUACAAGCAGCACUGCCGUGCACAAGCACAAGCCAACUAAAUCGCAAGUGACUUUCAACAUUGGCGUGGAUGACCCGGAAGACGAAUGGGUUGAUGCGAGCGGUUCCAAUUCGCCGCACAUGUCACGAAAGGGUUCUAUUAUCAGCAGCGGGCAAUCAUCUUUGCAGCGCAAUCCCGCGUCCAACGCCAAUUCGAGGCCGCAAACACCUAGUGAGCCUGUGCAGCCGCCUACAACCACUUCCCCUUCUGAGCAACAGCGCCUACGUCAAAAAGAAUACCUCACGUCUCGCGUACUGAAGCGCACCACGUCCCAGGGCGCAACCACACAGAUGGCAACCCAAAUGGCGCAGGCCAAUCUACCGCGCCAUUCUCCGGAAUCCGAUGGUGCCAACGGAUCUCUCUCGGCGUCUGCCAACCAGGAUGGGCUGAUAUCGAGAUUUGUCGAGACUCCUGGAUCCGGCAUUGUUAGCGAAGGCUCGUUCUAUAACCCCCAAGGCAGCUCGAGGCAGUUGCCACCGAUAUCUCCACGAGUUCAAUCGUUUUCAAGCCUAUCGCAAAACGGCUCGAGGCAACUCAUUUCCGAGAUUGAUGAUAGCGCCCUCGUCCCAAAAUCCGUGGGACGCAGUACCGCUCCAAGAGCAGAGACAUCGCGCACACAACAAAAGCUGAACCUGCAGCGCCAAAGCUCUGCACUUGAGCCUGGGCAAGCUGUAGGCGCUGUAGGCGGCGUUGUCGGGCCUUUAAUCGGCAUUACCGGUACAGGCUACGACGGUGCCAGUAGCCGUGAUCCACGUGUCAACAGGCUGAUGGAACGGACCGGUAUGGAAUAUCUUGUGGUGCGGAGGUGUCAGAAUCCUAUUGCCCGCUCGCUCAACCGGCUCAGCCGCUUGCCUGACAUUGAAAGGAGUAAGCGCAUACCUCGUCCUGGCACGCCUCUCGCCAACGGCAGAAGGACAGCACCUGAAGCACCCGCUCGACAUAUGCGUAAUGUAAGUAUGCCAGACCCGAGACAGGCCGCAGCCUCGCGAAGAGUGGCGACUAUACGGAGCAGCGGUGCCGGCUCUAGCUACGAUGGCGACGACGCUGCGCGUCUGAGUGAGAGGUUGAGCGGUUCCAGCGCGACGGAGGAGGCUGAUGGCACCACCACGUUACUGAGAAACUUGUGGGAAAAGUCCAUGGACUUGAGCGCGAGCACCGACUAA